AUGAAUAUUCUAUCCACCAAGGCUAUCAUUCAGAAUAGAAGGAGAGAUAGAGUUUCUCAGACAGACAAAGAUUGGGCCUCCCACACUGGAGGAGAGUCAGUGGCCCUGUGUGGCCCCGUGACUCCGAGAUGUUUGGUGGCCUUACCAAGGCCCCCGCGUGAGAGCAAGGGCUGCCUGCCCAGAGUCGGUGCUUGUGUGAGUUCGGGGAGCCUCCUGGAUGUAGCCCUGUGGCUGCGGGUCGGGCCAGCCAUUUCUGGCCGCUUUGUCGGGUCAGCCCAAGGUGGUGGUGACCGCCGCCGGCCGGUAGCACCAGGCCUUGGGAGGGAGCGCAAAAGUGACUUGCAAGCCAGCAGGGUGGCCCCCAGCUUGUCCAGGAGAGGUCCUAUUGAUACCCUAUUUGGAAAGGCUCCUGCAGGGUAGCAUUCCAGGACUCUUACAAGACAUACCAGUGUUGUUACUAUGAUGAAGAGAAAGGUUGCACACAAGAAGCAUAAGAGGAAGCCCACUUCCCAGCCUCAGAAGAACGUUGUGGUCUGCAGAAUUUGGAAUGGAUAGAAAGAUGGAGAUGAACCUCUAGCACAGUAGAAGGGAACCGUUCUGGAUCCCUCUUUGUAUCUUAACAAAUAUGAUGGAUUUGACUGUGUUUAUGGAUUGGAACUUCACAGAGAUAAAAGAGUGUCAUCACUUGAAGUCCUUCCUAAUAGAGUUGCAUCCUCUAGAAUCAGUGAUACACACUUAACAUAAAUUAUUACUGGUAAAGCAGUAGAACAUAUUUUUGAGACAGAGGAAGGUUCCAAAAAUGAAUGGAAGGGGAUUGUCUUAGCUCAGGCACCUGUCAUGAACACAUUGUUUUACAUUACCUAGAAAUUUUCAGUAUUCUAUAUGUAUCAGAUCUUAGAUGAUUAUAAAGACAGUGACCUACACAUCCUUCCAGAUUCCAAUGAUUCUUCUUCUGCAGAAAGGGAACUAGGAGAAGUUGUAGAUAACCUAGUAGGCAAACAGGAUGAAUAUGCCAAAGAUGAUGGCUGUAAGAGAACUGGCAUGGUCAUUCAUCAAGUAGAAACCAAACUCUGUGUACUUCAAUGAUUUGAUGAUGAUUUCCAUAUCUAUGUCUAUGAUUUGGUAAAAACAUCUUAG